ACUUUAUUACAAUUAAAUUGUACACCAUUGUAAAAUACUAAUAUGUAUUAUAAAUUCAAAAAUGUGUCUAUCUAUAUUGCUCGCAACUAAACGGCGAUUGAUGUGAUUUGGCUUGAGGAUAGUUUCUACCAUGAGGACGUAUAUAAGCUAUUUUUAUUCCAAAUAAAAGCAAACGAAGUCUCGGGUAAUAGCGUGAUAUAUAUAGGUACAAUAAUUUUUUAAUUCAAUUUUUUUGUACCAUAGCAAUCGGGAAAAAAUGUAAAAAUACGUAAGAAUAGUAUAUUAAGUAGGAAUUUUAUACAUAAUACGGAGUUGCCUGCCCUCUCUAAGACGUAAUAUUUACUGAUUUGUAAUUGAUUACAGGUACAUGAAUUAAGUAACGAAAGAAUAUUGUGUUUUUAAGCGUUUGAAUCCGGUUCAAUGGUUUUAUUCAAUUAGAUUCACCGGUAGUUUCACGCGCUAUUUCCAGUACACAAUAUUAUUGCUAUCUACUUGGAUUGUUAUUCAUGAAUACUUUCGGCGUACAGAGCCGGUUAUUUCGAUUUUUUUGACAUAUAACUCUUUACACAUGGAGCGGAGUAAACAACUAAAUGACGCAAUUUCAUCAAAAAAUUCUGAAAGAGAUAUGGAUCAGAAGCCGAGGGAAUAUAAAAUUGUGUAUCAUAACUUUUUAACAUUUGGUUAUUGGCAUCUGGCUGGAAUAUAUGGAUUAUACCUUUGCUUUACAUCAGCGAAAUGGGCUACUAUUGUAUUUUCUAUAUUCCUGUACACUGCAGCUGAAAUAGGCGUCACAGCUGGAGCGCACAGACUAUGGGCACACAAGACGUAUAAAGCUAAAUUGCCAUUGCAAAUACUUCUCAUGAUUUUAAACUCCAUAGCAUUUCAAAAUUCAGUACUCCAUUGGGCGAGAGAUCAUCGAUUACAUCAUAAAUACACUGAUACAGAUAUCGACCCUCAUAAUGCUAAAAGAGGUUUCUUCUACUCUCACGUCGGAUGGUUGCUGGUUAAAAAGUUGCCAGAAGUUAAGAAUUAUGGUCAGCAGAUAGAUAUAUCAGAUUUGAAUAACAAUCCAGUUUUGAAGUUUCAGAAAAGAUACGCAAUACCAUUUAUUGGUUUGGUAUGUUUCAUUAUACCAACUAUAAUACCAAUUUACUUUUGGGGCGAAAGUUUAAACAACGCUUGGCAUAUCUCCAUGUUACGAUACAUCAGUAACCUGAAUGCAACUUUUCUCGUAAACAGUGCAGCACACAUGUGGGGAUUUAAACCUUACGAUAAGGGUAUACUUUCAGCGCAAAACUUGUCCGUCUCCGUAGCAACGUUUGGUGAAGGUUUUCAUAAUUAUCACCAUGUCUUUCCAUGGGAUUAUCGAGCGGCAGAAUUUGGAAAUAAUAAGUUGAAUUUGACGACCAAAUUUAUUGAUUUUUUCGCUUGGCUCGGAUGGGCAUAUGAUCUGAAAACUGUAUCCAAAGAUAUGAUUACGAGAAGAGCCAGAAGAACAGGUGAUGGAACAAAUCUUUGGGGUUGGGAGGAUAAGGAUAUAAUAGAAGAAGAGAAAAGUGCAACGCUCAUAUUUCAGGAAAAGAAGUAGUAGUCGAGUUGCAUGAUUUAUAUAAAUUGUAUAAAUAUAAAAAAAAAUCUUGUUGUGAUAUCGUACAGUUAUACUUAUUUAUUAAUAAAAAAAUAUACGAAAAUGAAAUAUUUUAAAAUAUUAGACCACUUAUAAUAUAGCGUAUCAUAUAUUAUAUAAAUAAAAAAACAAAUCCAGAGCUAAUAUUAAACAGGCAAAUAUGUAAUCAAAUAAAAGACAUUAAAAGCCUUAAAAG